AUGCCGGAUUAUAUGUGCGAAGAGUUGAUGAUCAACAUCUUGUCAAGACUGCCACCCAAAUCCCUACUCCGGUUUAGAUCAGUCUCGAAAUCAUUACGUUCUUGUAUCGAUAGCCCAUCUUUUAUCCGCUUGAGAACGCUUCGAUCUUCAACAACAAAAGUCUUUAUCAGACACAUGUGUAAUCAAGGUUUAGAUGUCGACUUCUACACUUUACAUACGAAAGGUGAAUUGCCAUUGUGUCCACAAACCGGAUACAAUGACACAAAGCCAAUCAAGUAUAAUUUUUCUUCUUCGGUUAUAGUCGGUUCAUGUAAUGGAAUUUUCUGUUUAGCUGACGAUGAAAAAGACAUUUAUCUAUGGAACCCUUCAAUUAGGCGCGCGGUGAAAGUGCAUGAUCUCACUUCUUGGAGUUUAAAUGAACUAUACGGGUUUGGUUUUGACCCAAUCGUCGAUGAUUACAAAAUUUUGAAGAUCUCUUAUUCCCUUAGCGGACAAUGGACUUCAUCUGUUUACGCCGUUAAGACAGGUAUUUGGAGUGAGAUUUCUUCUACACCUACUACUACUUCAUUUAGUACAGAGGUAUCACGUUCGUGCUUUUUGAAUGGAGCAUUGCAUUGGCUCGUUAAAAGGAUUAUACGAUAUGAUCAUAUGAGCAUGACUUAUCUUAAUAUAUUGACAUUUGAUUUGAGCACUCAUGUUUUUGGCGAGAUUGAGUUGCCAAAACGCAAUUGGGAAUCCGGGCAUUUAAUAAUCAUAGAAGGUUGUCUGGCUGCAAGUUCUUCAAGAGAUGGCAAAUGUUUGAUUUGGAUAAUGAGAGAGUACAACUGGUCUGUCUUUUUUGUAUUCGGGUUGAAUGUAAUUGGAAGAGAUUUGCAAGUAUUGCCCUUUAGCACCAACGAUAAAGAUUUAAUGAUCACAACUUUACGUGACAAGAUCACAGUUUAUAAUCUUGACACUAGGGUCCAACAAAGAGUAGCUGCAUUCAGUGCCUCUUCUACGAUUAUUAACGCUGAAGUAUUUGCUGAAAGCCUUGAGUUGUUAAACUGGAGGAAUACGUAUAAGGAAAACGAACUGUCGUUUAUUGGAAGAAGAAGAUCAGGAAUCAGAUCGAAUAAGUAA